CGCCGCGCGGCCAGGCCACCGGCCAGCCUCUCCGCCUCUCUCCCCUUCUCUUCUCUCUCCUUUUCCUCCAUUUUUCCGUUCAAACUCUCCGCUCACUCCCGGCUCGCCGCUCGAGGCCCGCUCCACGCGGACAGGAGCGCGAGGAGGCGGACUGACCACCGGAUUAGCAACUUUUUCCAGCGACGGGCUGUCCCGGAGCUGCCGUGAUUCACCGCCCCAGCAGCCAGCGGCGGGCCUCAACUUUCCCCAGCCUGGGCUCACCGGACGGUGACGUCAGCCCGGAGAAAAGUUGAGCUCGAGGCGCCGGUGCUGCCGUUAUUCCCGGGAGCAGCUCCGGUUAGUGUACGCUGGAACUUUUCUGUGAGGCAGCAGCGCCCCCACCCAAAUCCCUCCACCCCCACCCUCUCUGCCCGGCUGUCCCGGUACCGACAGGCCCGCACCGGGACCAGAACCAAGAGAGGCUGCUGCCCCGCGUGCCUUUGUUUGUUUAUUUGUUUGAUUUGACUGAAGGUGGGCAUGGAGAGAGAGUGAGCGGGGCAUCGUGUGGCUUCCACGAGACUCACGGUUUCCUCCGGUCCUGUACAGGUGGUGGGCGGAGCUGAAAAAUGGCGGGUGCAUCAGUGAAGGUGGCGGUGCGAGUCCGCCCGUUCAACUCCAGAGAGAUAGGACGCAACGCAAAGUGUGUGAUCCAGAUGCAGGGAAACACCACCUGCAUCUCCAAUCCCAAACAGCCCAAAGAUGGAGCCAAGAACUUCACCUUUGACUACUCUUACUGGUCACACACAACGCCCGAUGACCCCGGCUUCACCUCUCAGACACAGGUGUAUAAGGACAUUGGAGAGGAGAUGCUGCUGCACGCCUUCGAAGGAUACAAUGUGUGUAUAUUUGCUUAUGGACAGACGGGUGCAGGGAAGAGCUACACUAUGAUGGGCAAACAGGAGCCUGGUCAGGAAGGGAUCAUACCACAGCUGUGUGAGGACUUGUUUCAGAGAACAGGAGAAAACACAGAUCCUGACCUGACCUACUCCGUCGAGGUGUCCUACAUGGAGAUCUACUGCGAGCGGGUUCGGGACCUGUUGAACCCAAAGUCCCAGGGCACCCUUCGGGUCCGGGAGCAUCCCAUCCUGGGGCCCUACGUGGAGGAUCUGUCCAAACUGGCUGUGACUGGAUUCACGGACAUCCGGGACCUGAUGGACGCCGGCAACAAAGCUCGGACGGUUGCAGCUACAAACAUGAAUGAGACGUCAUCCAGGUCCCACGCCGUCUUCACCAUCGUCUUCACCCAAAAACGACGAGAUCAGAUGACCAGCCUGGACACUGAGAAAGUCAGUAAGAUCAGUCUGGUCGACCUGGCUGGAAGUGAACGAGCAGACUCCUCUGGGGCAAAGGGCACGCGGCUCAAGGAAGGAGCAAACAUCAACAAAUCUCUGACCACAUUAGGAAAAGUGAUUUCAGCUUUGGCUGAAAUGCAGAGCAGUAAAAAGAGGAAAAGUGAUUUUAUUCCCUACAGAGACUCUGUUCUCACCUGGCUACUGAAGGAAAACCUGGGAGGAAACUCUCGCACAGCAAUGAUUGCUGCGCUAAGUCCUGCUGACAUCAACUACGAAGAAACACUGAGCACUCUGAGGUAUGCUGACCGUGCCAAACAGAUUCGCUGUAACGCUGUGAUCAAUGAAGAUCCAAACGCCAAACUGAUCCGAGAGCUGAAGGCUGAAGUGGAGCGACUGAGAAAUCUGCUGUUUUCUCAGGGCCUGCAGGAGCUGCUGGACAAUGCUGUCAACAACAACAACAACAUCAACAACGGCCCCGGUGGUGUCGCAGGUGCGUCCCCCUCCCCUCUUCAGCUGGCUCUCACAUCCAAUGGGAUCACGCCUGAGAAUGGCCCCGCCCCUCCAGGCGCUGAGCCGGUAUCUGAAGGGGACACACCCGCUGACCCUGAUCAGCUGAUCGAGGAUGGAGAGGAAAGGGAGGAGGGAGAGUCCACAGAGAACAUCAGCAAAGAGGAAGCAGCUGAGAGACUGAUGGAAACAGAGAAAAUCAUCGCUGAGCUGAACGAGACAUGGGAGGAGAAACUGAGAAAAACAGAAUCUAUUCGUCUGGAGAGAGAGUCCCUGCUGGUGGAGAUGGGCGUGUCCAUAAAGGAAGAUGGAGGAACACUGGGCGUCUUCUCUCCUAAAGGAACGCCUCACCUGGUCAACCUGAAUGAAGACCCUCUGAUGUCUGAGUGCCUCCUGUAUUACAUCAAGGAGGGCGUGACCAGGGUCGGGCAGCAGGACGUGGACAUUAAACUGUCGGGUCAGUUCAUAAAGGAGAUUCACUGCGUUUUUGUCAGUGAGACCAACGAGCAGGGAGAAGUGGUGGUCACUCUGGAGCCGUUAGUCGGAGCAGAGACCUACGUUAAUGGGAAGCAGAUCACAGACGCCGUCAUAUUAAAACAAGGUAACCGCAUCGUCAUGGGGAAGAACCACGUGUUUCGAUUCAACCACCCGGAACAGGCGAGGCUGGAGAGGGAGCGCAGCGCCACGAUGGAGCAGCAGGAGGAGCCGGAGGACUGGAACUAUGCCCAGAAAGAGCUGCUGGAGAAACAAGGCAUCGACAUCAAGCUGGAGAUGGAGAAGAGACUGCAGGACGUGGAGACUCAGUACCGUAAAGAGAAGGAGGAGGCUGACUUGCUGCUGGAGCAACACCGACUGUACGCAGACAGCGACAGCGGGGACGACUCGGACAAACGAUCCUGUGAGGAAAGCUGGAGGCUCAUCUCCUCCCUGAGAGAGAAGCUGCCAGCUAAUAAGGUGCAGUCCAUAGUAAAGCGCUGCGGUCUGCCCAGCAGCGGUAAGAGGAGGGAGCCUCUGCGAGUCUAUCAGAUCCCUCAGAGGAGGAGGAUCAGCAAAGACCCCAAACGGGUGACCAUGGAGGACCUCCGCAUGCAGGCCGUCAAAGAGAUCUGCUACGAGGUGGCUCUGGGAGACUUCCGUCACUCCCGUCAGGAGAUCGAGGCGCUCUCCAUCGUCAAAAUGAAGGAGCUGUGCCGCAUGUACGCCAAGAAGGACACCAACGAGAGGGAGAGCUGGAGGGCCGUGGCCCAGGACGUCUGCGACACUGUGGGCAUCGGAGAGGAGAGGAGCCCUGCCGCUGAAGAGGGAGGAGGAGGAGGUGGAGGAGGAGGAAGUGGUGGUAGUGGAGGAGGAGAGACAGUGGAAGGUGGAGAGAAGAGAGGCGUGUACGAUUUGAAGGCUCACAUCGAUAAGCUGACAGAUAUUUUGGAGGAGGUGAAGCUGCAGAACAACAUGAAGGACGAGGAGAUCAAAGCUCUGAGAGAUAGAAUGAUCAAGAUGGAGAGCAUCAUACCUGUUCAGGACGACGACAUGAAUGGUGAGGGAGGAGAAUCCCCUCAGAGAGAGAGAGACGGGGACGUGGACGAAGACGACGACUGCCCCAACCACCCAGAGGUCAGAGUUCAGCGGCUGAUGGAUGAGGACCCGGCAUUCAGGAGAGGGCGGCUCCGCUGGAUGAAAAAGGAGCAGCAGCGGCUCCUGAACCUGCAGCAGCAGAACAUCACCAAGAAGCUGCGAGGACAGAACCAAAGCCAAGUCUGUGCCCUGACCCCAGCCCUUGCUCCUCCAACUCUUCCAGGUCAGAACACCCCCACUGUCCCGAUCCACCUCCCGGGAACCGGUCGCUUCAUCCCUCCCCAGGAGUGCAAGCUCAAGUUCCCCUUUAAGAGUAACCCUGCCCACCGGCUGUCCUGGGGACCCGCUAGCGCUGCCCUGCAAGCUCUGGGUCUGGGCGAGGGAGGAGGAGCAGGAACUGAUGCUGGUGAGCAGAAGGAGAACAGGGGAGGAGAAGCUACAGGUUCUCCCUCACCUCCGCCUCCCCCACAAGGUCAACUCCCUGGUCUCUUGCCCCUCCCCUUCCCAGCUCAGCCUCCUCGCAUGCGCACCCCCAGCCCUCAUCGUGCCUGGCAGCAGCGUAACCAGGGCAACCAGGGUGGCUACCACUACAACAACCAGGGCAACAACCAAAACCAGCAACGUCGUUACCGCCGAAACUCCCUGGACAGCUCGCCACAGGGCAACGGGAGCUACGACAAUGACCAGCACUUCAGCGGCGGUGGCAACGGUGGUCACCAGGGGCGACCAAGACAGAGGAGGGGGUUUUCCCCUGGGCCAGGGGGGGAGAGAGGAGGAGGAGGCAGAGGAGGAGGAGGAGGAAGCAGAGACGGGGACAGAGACAGAGACGGAGGCUUCCCUUAUAAUCAACGCCAGCACCAUCAGUACCACCACCACCAUCCCUACUACAACCCCCACAAUGCACCAUUCCAACCUGGACCUCACCCUCACCCCCAUUACCACAGCCUGCCGCGGUCAGGGGCCCCGGCCCUUCCUGCUGACAUGCUACUGGGCAUUGUGCCGCCGCCAGGGGUGUGGGCUUUCAACACUCCGCCCAGGAUGAGGCGGCAGUUCAGCGCACCGGACCUCAAAAACAACAACAACAAUAACAACAAGGAGACACCGAUCUGACCUCUGACCUCCUGAACAUGGAGGCUCCUGAUUGACUGCGGGACAUGGGGUGAUCCUGAUGCUGUAGAGAAUCGGCUGAGAGUGUGGUUGUGUGUGCACGUGUGUGCAUUUGAGCACUUUUACACACCCUGUAUCCUCUGUCCUGCUGUGCGUGUGUUUGUGAAGCUUUUAGCUUAGCACAGGUGAGCUGUUAGCAAUGCUGACGUGCAAAAAUUGAAUUUCAAUUUGUUUUAUUCUAUUUUAUGGAGUUUGUCGUUCUGUCAGACUUUGAUCACGUAAUGAUUUAGCUUUUUUUUUUCUUUUUUAAAUUUCACCGAUGGCUGAUGUUCGGGCGUUGAUCACUGUGUUAACGAGGUGCCUUAAAGCCGACAUGUCUGCUGGUGAAGCUAAUUUUGUUUUAAAGAUAAAGGACGUCAGUUAGCAGGGUGGUGUUUUUGUGUUUGAUGAGGGGUUUUUUUAGCUUUUAGUGCUAGCAGGUGAAGAAUAGGUGAAAUUGUGAGCUUCGCCUAGCCUACGCUGCAUUCAAGUUCCAUGGGAAUUACAGAUUGUACAGCUUGUUAAACUCACUUCAACCCUCAAACUGAUGAUUAGGAAUUUAAUCAGAAACAGUAAACUUGUAUUUACAUCUUCUCCCAUGUGAUUUGAAUGCAGCAUCGCUGAGUGCUACAAACCAAAGAAAGCGGCUGUGCGGCACUUGCUAGUCAGGGUAAAAGCGUCAGUGCAGGAAUAAUAAGUGCCAAUGGGGCAUUUGCAAAAACAGCAAAACAAAAAUGGAGAAGUUGAGGGUGAGAACGGCGAGUGUAAAUGGGCCCCUGAGGAAGAAGAGGUGCAGAGAGGAGUAGUAGUAGGUGCUGCGCUUGUCUUACCUGUCAGAUGUUUGUUUUUAAGAGCUGUGUGUGUAUAUUUGAAGUGUUAAAUCUAAUUUUUAAACACGUGAAAUGUCCUGACGGUAGGUUCACCGUCUCUGGCAAUCGUGGGAAAUGCAAGUGAUGCGUAACACAUGAUGAUGUCCCAAGGUGGGAGUUGAUGUUGGAGCUCAGAGACAUAAUCAUGAAGGGAUGGAUUUGUUUAUGUAGGGCUAGAUAAGCAAGGAAUUCUGGGAGAUGUAUUGAGAAGGAGAAGGUUUUGAGGGAGAGAAGAAGCUGAUAUACAGUAAGCGUUUUGUUUUUGAAGAAGUAACAGACACUACAGCAUGUCAGGUGUGAUACAAGAUUCCUGCUGUAAGGAUGUGACACUUUUUACAUUAUAUCCAAUUCAAGAAGGAUGGGAAAAUUCACUGCUGCCUUCCUGGCACGUAGGGAUCCUGGAAAUUGUGGCCUCCACCUGUUUCAGGUUGCUUUUAAUUUCUUCUCUUUUUCAAACAUGACAUUUACACACACAUAUUUUUGCUGGUGUUGUGUUCACUUCACAUCUUUAAGAUAGGAAACAAAUUUCCAGCUUCCUGCGUCACAGCGAACGCAGCGUUUUAUGUGCGUUUUAUUCGCACUGAAUUAAUGAAGACAAGUUUACUGCCAAGAGGGGCUGGGAGAGUUGGCGAUACUGCGCACACUCCACCCACUCAAAGCAGAGGAUUCUGGGAGUUAACAAGUGGAGCAACUAUGAGCUCUGUGGCUUUUAAGGCUUUUUUCAUAAAAAGGUUAGAACCAACCAAUGGCAGCGCUCCUUCCUGCUGCAAGAGGGAGUCAGUGCCAUGACGAUGACGAUAAUUAUGAUGAAAAUGAAAGUGAUUGCAGUUGGCCUGAGAAGCAUGAUGUCAGCAGAAUCUCUGGAAUUGACCAAUCACAGGACAAUCUCUAAACCUGCUUCCACUGCCGGGCCUGAUGGGAAAAUUAGUUUUUUAAUUUUUUAAUUUUUUAGAUUUUUUUCCAGCUUGGGCCUCCGAUUGGCUGUUUGUUUUUCAUUUGUGUAUCACAUCAUGUACUGCGUAUUUUAACCAACCUCCAUGUUUGACCUUUGGUUUAUGAUGUCAUCAGUCAUCAUCACUUAUUAAUAUAAUUAUCCUAAAGUUAUACGUGUCAUUAAUAUUUGGUUAUUGUGGAUGCUGCUAAAGGGAGUUUCUUUGCCCUCACGCAAACCGUUGAGUUAGUGUAUGUGUUUGUGUAUGUUGAGUGUGUGUGUGUUGGGCAUCUGUUUGUGUGUUUGUGGGUUAACUUAGAAUCAAACAGUAAAGUUUGUUUUACUUCAUAAAGCUGAUUUUAGUCAUUAUUCUUUUUCUUUGGUUAGUUUUGUUGUUUUUUGAGGUGGAAUGGGGGAGAAACUUGGAGGGGGUGGGGUGUUGCCAUAGCAGCCAUGACUCGGCAGAAUUCCAGAACAUUCUAGAACUCCCCUCACUGACAGGCUGUGCCCAUUCCCUGCACCUCUGCUCUAAUCAUGACCUCAGAAUCUGUGACAUUACGGCGUGUUAUCGCUUCAGAACUCGAAACACGGAUAUGGAUAUGAUGACAUCAUGGUGUAGCCCUCUUCCUGUUGGCCCAGACCCCCUCAGUUGCUUUUUUGUUAUUGUUGUUGUUUUCUCUCUGUAUGUGUUGGGUUGUCUUUUGUUGUUGUUUUGGUUGUAUCAGGAACCAAUCUCAGGCUCUACCUGCAGACAACAUGAUGGCAAUAAACUGUCUCCAAGAUUCAAAAUAAGA